UUCCUCUCUAGGCUAUAGCUCAGAGCUCUGCAGAUGCUACAUAAACACGGUAGUGGUUACCACCUCCUUCUCUCUUAAGCAUUUCACACCUCCAUUUCAUUUUCUCACACUUUCUUUUCCUCCAAACAAGCAUUCAUGUAAACCCUACCUAUUUUCCCGUCAAGAUCCAAAAAAAUCUUCAACAUGUAGAAUCUUGCUGCUUUUCUUGCUUCCUGUCUGCACAAAGAAACUACAUUUUUUUUUGUAGAGUAAAGGUCUUGAUCUUCAAGGUUUCUGAAAAGCAAAGAACAUCUAUAGUUGAUUUUGAAGUGACUUGUUACAAUGUCGGAUUUUCCCGGGAAAACGAGCUCGGAAAGUGAGGAACAGAGUUUACUAGCACACUCUGAAUCGAAUACACAAGAAGUCGCCAAACAUUCAAGGAUUGCAUAUACAAGGGAUUUUAUGUUCUCUUUAGAACAUUUGGAUGCAGGCAAGAGAUUACCGGGUGGGAUCAAACGGUCAAUUUUAAGUGAACUUGAGUCCCAUGUUUCUUCACAAUCUUCUCGUGCAUCAGAUUGUGAAAGAUGGCAUGGCACCUUACCUAGAUGUUUGUUGCAAAACUCAUUAUCUGUUGGGCUUCUGGGAAAUGAUGCGGUACUGGGAGCAUAUGGACUGAUUUCUGGGGCUUCUGCUCCGAAGUUUCAAGACAAAAGUCCUCCCCUACUCCAUAGGAGCAAAGAACCAUUUAGGCCUCGAUUCCUCUCUAAGGCAGAGAAUCAUUCAGGGAAGAGUCCCUGGGAUUUGUGUAAAGAUGAGACAUUUGGUUCUUCUGAGUGUCUGAGUGAGAAGGAAGAAGAGGAGGAGAAAGCAAGAAGAGAUUUGUUUGAGGUGAUUACGGAAGGACAUGAAACAGCUAUCCAAGAGAACCAAAAGAAAAAUCCAAAUGAGCAUGAGGAAAAUUCCAAAUUUGUCAUGCUUCUGGAGGAUUCUGCAUAUAGUCAGAGAAACAAAUGUGAAGAACAUGUAAUAUCCCCUGUUUCAGUUGAGAAUAUUAAAACAAAAUCUUUAACCAAUUCCCUCAUACCAGAGUGGUCUGAUCCUACUGCAAACUACACCAAGAGCCCUGAAAUUUGCUGUUCUAAAUUUGCUCAUCACUUUCCUGCUACAGAGACAAAACCUACCUGUGGCAUCUCUUCUUGCUCUGAAGGGUCUGAAUCUAUGGCUCAUGGAGUGUCAAAGGACCUUACCCGAGAACCAUCAUAUUGUACAGGUUCCAGAAAGAGAUUGCAAUCAACUGAUGCAUCUUCUUUCAUUCAACAACCUAUUGUAGAUAACUAUGUCUUUCCUUCAACAACUAAUGAAUAUGGACUCAUUGGGUUCGAUUGUGAAGCCAGCAUGUCCUCUAGCUCUGUUGAUCAAAGUAAGAGCAAGGAAAAUCAGUUAGUCUCUGAUGAUUUCAUAGCAACAUUCAGAUCAGGUGUUGAAAUUGACCCGGGGUUGAAACUCAAUCCUGACAGCUGCUUUGAUGGAAAAGACAGUCUUCCCAUUGAACUUCUGUUGCCUGAUGAGGACAGUUUAAUUACAGUGGAUGACUUCAGAUGUACGCCCGACAAGGAAGAUAACACCAUGCUUAUGGUUGAAGGAAUUCCAGUCAAAGCUGAUAGGGUAAGCUCAAUUUCACCAGUUGAUACUUGUAGGAAGCUAGCGGGCUUGAAUAUUUUCAAAAAUGAAAGAUCUACUCAACUGAGUUCAGAAGGUUCUGAACAAAAUGCGUGCAAAAGUCCUGCACAGUUUCAUCAAGCACAACCAAAACAGGGGAAGACAUCUUUUCAUCCACUAGAUUCUCUACCAAUUCAAGCUCAUAUGCGUUCACAAAUGAAACCCAGAACCUCGAACUACAAUUGUCACAAGCCAUCCCGCCAUCCUUCGGCUACAAACCUAGUCCCUGCGAGUACUUUCCAUCACUCUCAUGCCAAACCACAUCAGCAACUGCAGCAGCCGAUGCUCAUUCCAGGAAUUCUUCCACACCAAAUAUUUGGGUCUCCAAGACGUGCAAUGGCUCCUCUUCCCAGUAAUCAAUCUCGUUACAUGCAGGAGUUGAGCCCUAUUCAAGAUUUUCCAUUGAACUACCAGUCGUCAAAUCAUGGAUGUUUUGGAAUGCCAAAUCCAGGGACAGGGUUUUACCCUUGUCGGUGAAACUGAGCGCAAUGCAAUGCAGGGGCAGGCUUUUACCUCUGGAAACAGUAUGGCUAAUGGAGCGUUUCUGGAUGUUAUCGUAUGCAUGGACGCAAAUUAACAUCAACUAGACAUGGAAUUUACCAAUCUGUAGAUGUAGAUAAUUCAAUUGUUGAUAUUUGUUCUUCACUUUUAGGAGGAAUGUUCUAGGUCUUAAGUAGUUUGACCAAUAGUUUCUACUGGUAUACGAGACUCUAUACAAGGAAAGCAACGACAACAGAAAAAGGCAACAAAAGAAAAGAAGCAGCUUGAGAAGCUUAUGGAACUUCAUGUUGUGUUCUUUUUCUUUACGUUC